AUGGCAUUGACUGUUUCGCAAAGACUUGUUCUAAUUAUCGCUGCAGCUUCAGUUUUGACAGUCUCAAAGGCUGAUUGGCUUGAUCGGCGUCACAAAAAGGGCUCUCGAGAAAUCGUUGUGGCUGGCAAAGAACGCUGGCACUUCGGCUAUAACUACACCGUUUGGGCUCUGAAAAUUCCAUUCUACGUUAAUGAUGUUCUUGUUUUCAAGUACGAUGCUCAAAACGCUACCGUGCAUCCUCACAACGUUUACUUGCUGCCGGAUUUUGUUAGUUUUCGAAAGUGCGACUUCAAAAAAGCCCAGAUGGUGGCAAACCCCACUCAGGGCGGUAGUGACGGCUUCAAGUUUAAGCUCAAAGAUUGGCUGCGCCCUUACUACUCCGCUUGCGGCGAACGCAAUGGCCUCCAUUGCAAAGAUGGCAAAAUGAAGUUCUUGGAGACGCCAUUACUCCAUCAUUAG